GGCGAGAGGCCGGCGCUCUGUGAGGGUGGGAGUGUAGCAGCAGCUGGACAACGUAGCGGCGUACGGCGACGGCGACGCCAGCCCCCGGCGCGGCCGCAUGCCUGCCCCCGACGCCCGGCCAUGGUGGUGACGCAGGGGAACAUGUUCGGCUGCUACGACAGUUACGCCUACCGCCUGUGGAGUCUCGCUAACGUCUGGACCAACUGCCAGCUCCCCUUGCCGGCGGCCCCGACGGCGAAGGAGUCGGAGCUGUUGGCCGCCACCUCCGCGGCGCCCUCCGCCUCCGCCGCCCCCGCGGACGCGACGUCGCCCCCGCUGCCCGCCUCCGGCGCCGCCCCCGCCGACUUCUUCCACAUCGAGUGCCCGCAGUGCCGCAAGGCCUACCCGGGCUUCCAGGCGCUGCGCGAGCACGUGGAGGCGGAGCACCCCAGGAGCGCCGCCUCCGCCGCCCCCGCCGCCCCCGGCGCCAUCUCGCCCCCGACGCCGACGCCCGGCGGCGCCUACCCCUGCCCGCAGUGCAGCGUCACCUUCGCCACCAGGGACCAGCUGGAGAAGCACGAGCUCCUGCACUCGCCCAACGCCACAGUCUCGUGCAAGAUCUGCAACAAGACGUUCGCGAACGUGUACCGGCUGCAGCGGCACAUGAUCAGCCACGACGAGAGCGCGGUGCUGCGCAAGUUCAAGUGCCCCGAGUGUGACAAGGCUUUCAAGUUCAAGCACCACCUCAAGGAGCACAUCCGCAUCCACAGCGGGGAGAAGCCGUUCGAGUGCGCCAACUGCGGCAAGCGCUUCUCGCACUCCGGCUCGUACUCGAGCCACAUGACGUCCAAGAAGUGUCUCGUGAUGAACCUCAAGGUGGGCCGCGGAGGCGGCAGGGGCCCGUCUGCCGCCGCCGCCGCCGCCGCCUCCGCCAACAACGCCGCCGCCUCCGCCGCCGCCGCUGCCGCCGCCGCCUCCAUCAUCGAGAAGUAUCGCGGGGCAAAGCGCGUCUCGGCGCCCCUGGCUCCCGGCGGGCACGCCGCCCCCAACAACCACCACCUGCACGCUGGCAGCGCCACCACCGGCGCCGGCAGCAACAACGGCGGCAGCAGCCAGUUCCCGCCCAUCCUGCCCAAGUUCGCGGCGGCCGCCGCGGCCUACCUGGGCAGGUACCCGCCGCACGUCGCCACCCCCUACUACGUGCCCGCGCCGUCCGCCGCCGCUCCACCGUCGCACCACGCCGCAGCGGCGGCGGCAGCAGCAGCAGCUGCAGCUGCGCAGGUGCAAUAUAAGCUGCAGCAGCCCGCAGCGGGCUUCGGCCACCUGUUCCAGCAGCUACCAGCCCCCUACCUCCAGCACCAGCUGCAACAGCAGCUGCACCACUUCCAGGCGUGUAAAGUGGAGGCUCUGCCUGCGCCGUCACAACACCACCAGCAGCACCUCGAGCACAGAGAGCACCAGGACGAGCAGGCGGCAUCUGGGGCGGAGGACGACCGCGAGCCCCAGCGUCCGGUGGUGAAGCAGGAGCGCCUGGACGAGGAGCAGGACCGAGGGUCAGAGCGCGACCACGGCCCCGAGGACAGGGAGCGCCAGUCACCGGAGGGUACCCCGCGACCGGAGUCUGCGGCCGGGUCGGCGCCAGUCAUCAAGCAGGAGCGUAUGGACCACGAGGAGGAGGAAGAGGCCCGCGGCUGCUGCGAGGAUGUGGACAUGGAGCAGACCAGGCCCAGCAGUGGCCGGCAAAGCCCAGGCUCACCACACGCUGAGCAAGCCAAGGAGGGUGUGGAGCGCCUGCUGGAGCUGGUAGGGUCCACGGUGAGCCGCCGCCUGGUGGAGGCGGGAGCCCAGCAGCUCUCAGGGUCCCCGGCCACCCCCGCUGGAAGCAGCUACUGCUCCUCCUCCUCCGCCUCCAGCGUCGCCAGCGCCUCGUCGCCACUCACACUCAUCCACCCAUCCAACAACAACAACAGCAUCACAACAAAUAACAACAACAAUAACAACAACACCCUCGAGGACCUGCAGUGCCGCUUCUGCCACAAGAGGCUCACAUCUGCCGUUGACCUGGAUCAGCAUGAAAGGUUCUUGUGCUGUGGGGGUGGAGGGUCCUCGUCGUCCUCCGCAGCCAGUGGCAGCGGGAGUGAGGGCCUCGCGGCCAAGUUGGAAGAUGCGGUCACCGCCAAGACGGAGGAAAUGUCCAUCAACGGUGGCAGCGACGAGGCGAGCGACGACGACGAGGGAGGCGGUGGGGGCGGAGGGGGCGGCACCGCGGGAUCCACCUCCGGCCUCCCCGGUGCCUCUGCCGGGAACCACGGCUCCAGCGGAGGUGUCCUGGGUGCCGGCAUGGGUCGGACGGGCAAGGUCCGCGUGAGGUCGCUCAUCGCCGACGAGCAGCUGGCUGUGCUCAAGGGCUGCUACGCUGCCAACCCUCGGCCCAAGAAGGACGAGCUGGCGCGCAUCGCCGACCGCAUCGGAUUCCCCGUACGUGUGGUGCAGGUGUGGUUCCAGAACACACGAGCACGCGACCGCAGGGAAGGACGGCUGGUGCAUGUGCCGUACCAAGCACCGCCCCCACUGGCCCCUCCACCUUCGGGGCUGCCAUCGCCGCCCCCGCUCUAUGACCUUACUGCCUGUGAGCAGCCCCUGGACCUGUCUACCAAGCCUCCUUGCAGGAAAUUGGAGACUGUUAAGGCUGAAUGGUCCGACUACUCCUGCGGCGGUGACGAGGCGGCGAUGAAUCUGAGUGUGGGCAAGGCGUCCCCCGCAGCAUCGGCGACGCCCAGCCCGCACCGUAGUACCGCCCUCGACGCAGGGCAGUCUCCUCCCCCGGCACCCGCUUCCGGCCCUGUCGCCACCCCCACCUUCCCCUUCGGCGGGGACGGCGGCAGCCGGCUAGCUCGCAUCCUGUCGCAGCCCCGCGACUUGUUUGCACUGGCGGCUCUGGAUCGGCUGCCCUACGGAGGACCCGAGUCCCCGGCACCCUUCGGCCGCUAUCACGAGAACGGUGGUGACUCCUCCAGUCCGCAUUCCGACAAGCGUCCGUGGAAGCAGGGUUACGGGGAUGGUGAAGACACGACGGACGAUGCGGAGGACUCGGGUGGCGACCCAGCUCUGGGCACUUCGCCCUCCAAGAGGCACCGCCUGCUGGCUGCCCUCGGUGGCACUGACCAGGAGCCCGAGGGCCAGUUCGUGUGCGACCAGUGCGACAAGGCAUUCAGCAAGCAGAGCUCGCUGGCGAGACACAAGUACGAGCAUUCCGGUGAGUCGGGAACCGGUCAGCGGCCGCACAAGUGUGACGUCUGCACCAAAGCGUUCAAGCACAAGCACCACCUCACAGAGCACAAGCGCCUUCACUCUGGAGAGAAGCCCUUCCAGUGCUCCAAGUGCCUCAAGCGCUUCUCGCACUCCGGAUCCUACAGCCAGCAUAUGAACCACCGCUACUCCUACUGCAAACCCUACAGAGAGUAGCUGCCGGACGCCGGCCCCGUCGGCCACCGUCCCGGCCCCGGCUACUCUCGCUGCGGACUGUACGGGGUGUAGCCUCUGCGGCCGAUGCGUGAACUGCCGCUACUACCGCCUCAAAUCCUACGGACGGCGGCCGACCGAUUCGGUCCCCUACGUCCCGGCGGCUGCUACUCCCACGUGGCCCGGGCUCCCGUGUCACUACCGCUGCCGGCCCUGCCGAGAGUAGGUGACGGCCAUCGCCGUACGGCUCGUAGUCGUCACUUGCCGCCAACUUCGAGACGGUCUGCCACUCUGGCCACGCACAGUGCUGGGAGCAAAUAUUGCCACAUGUGUCGGCUACUGUCAUUACAGAAACAUCUCACAAAACUCUGAACUGUAUUGAUUAUUUCUCUGUGGCUCUUCCACAGUACCCAGCACCUCUCACUACGAGCUUCACAGAGACUGGAUAUUGGGUGCUAUGCUAACCGUCACUGUGUAGUGGCGUAUUUUUCUGCUGGUACUGGUUGGAGCUCACCACUUGUACCUUGUUGUGUAUGGAGCAAAAACUGCACCGAGAUAUAUCCUGUAUCGUAUAAUUUGCAGUACGCAAAAGUGCUUGAAAGUCGGUAUUGCACAGUUCCCUAGCUAAGAUGUACUCUUUUUAGCAGCUCGAUUGUCGUAGCUAACCUUGCCAGUUUGACAAGCUGUGGUUCACAAUACCUUUAAAUCAAGUGGUAUUGUGCUUCUUUGCCUUAGAGUAUCCACUCAAUACAAGUGUAUUUUUCUCCUGCCGCUGUGUGAACAUUUCUCCUCUGACCGAUCAUUUUUGCCACUAUCUCCGAGCGGUAUCACUCCAAUUUUUCCCUCUUAGUUUGGUAUGAGGACAUAUUAUUUCAAAAACUUUAAACCUUGCCAAGUUUCACCAUUAUAAUAUUACAGAUGCUGUUCUUGAAAUUCAUUUCACCUAAUUAAAUACCACCUCAGCUGAUAUUUACUGUAAUUGCAAUUACUGAUCAUUUGUGAUAAUGGAGUUAAACUACUCAAUCUAGUCUACCACUAGAACAUCACAUUUUUGGUAGUUAUUAGCGACAACAUCUUUGAAACAAAUACCUUGUAUGUCUCUUAAUUAGGUCAACUCAUAACAUGUUCCGAAGCUUAUCCAGUGGCUGGUGUUGAAAUACAUACUUAGCAUAUAGUACUUUGUUUGUGUCCUUUGUACUGUCAAUCAAUUCUAUGGCUUUUUAUAGCUUCUGCCUAAACCCUCAUAUUCAGUUUUCCCGAUCCAGGAUACAGCUAAGACCAUUUGACCUUAGUGAUGGGUGUAAUCUGGCAAAAAUUUCCAUCGAUGAAUAAUGACUAUUUUGGAGUGCUGAGACAUGCAAAAGCCAUUGCACUUCCAAUUUUCAAAUUCACUGACGUGGUUCUGAAUUAACCUUGCUCUUGAAAGAUCACAAUGGUUUCUAAAAUUAUAUAUGGACAGUAAUUUGUAUUUGAUAGAUCACAUUCUAACAAGAUAAAACUGUAAUGAACUUCACUGUGGCCCUGAGAGAGACGUUUCAAGAAAGUAUCUUUGCUUCUAAAAAGGAAACAAGAAAAAUAUGAUCCAGACUUAAAUUGUUGAAACAUUAAUUGGGCUUUAUUAAUCCCUUUCCUCUAUCUGUCGGACAGCUCUAGUAGUUAAAAUUGCUUAUUUGGAGAAAUCAAUCUUAAUUCACAGUAAUCUCUUUCUGCUUCUCUGUAUAUAACCUUGAGCACUUGUUAUGUAAUGAAUGAGGAAGUAAGUUCCUCUUAGCAACAUACAGCACCAUCAUCAUAUAGUUUGUGUCCUACCAGAACAUAUAAUACUGGUAAUAUUGUACCUACUACCUAUGUCACAUCUGGAUUCAAGUAUCUGCUUUUAUUCCUCAAACUUUUUAUGGUAUAACACCCUUUACUUGUUGCAGCUUGACAAGGUAUAUUUAGCACAAUAAUAUUUUACCCUAUCUUAUAGUACUUUUUAAAUUUUGACUCUUGAGCAUAGAUAUCACAAUUCUCCAAUUUAUUCUUCAUAUUAAUGUACAUUUAAGAAUGAUUAUUAUUGUUCUGUCCAUUGAUUCUUCAUUCCUUAAAGUAACUAAAAUAUAAUAAACUAAUUUUGAUGUUUGUACUAUAUAAAAUUGUUCAUCACACAGUGAGUUCCAAUUUAUAGAAAUAUGGCUUCAUCUGAUGCAUCAUAAUUUUGUAGUUAAUAAAACGGAUAAAGUGUUCAUCUUGUGAGGAAAAUGAGUAACAAAAUGCAACACUGGAAGAAAAAAUAAUAUGCCACAUAUGCCCACCUGAUUAUACACCAUGGGAAACUUAGUUUAGAACUAAUGUCAUCUUUUUCCCAACAUAUUUGGAAAAUGUGUACUUUCUUAUUGGUCUGAAUAAAAGUAAAACAUAGAUAUUAGCAGUAUUUGAUGGAGAAGAAGACUUCAUAUGUAUAUGUCACUUAAAUGUGGACUGCUUUAGCAGAGCUGACAGAUCCAAAUUAAAAUCCACAGCUGUUAUAGCUAGCUUCUUGAACAAUAAAUACAGUUCAUUCAUUGUGCAAAGAAAAGAUCAGAUAGGGGAAGUAAGAACUGGUCAAAGCACUGGCACAACAGAUAAAAUAGCAUAGGAAGCCCAUUGGAAGGAAUUGUGGUGUAGAUCAGCCAAAGUUUAACAGCAAAAUUAUAUACAGUUCUCACUAUUAGGGUCUCCACUUUGAUUGUUCAGUUUCUUUCCAUGCCAACACCAGUACCUUGAAACAGUAGAGAUAUAGAGAGCCUCUCCUGCUAAUAGUUGCCUCAUGCCAUUCAUACACAUAAUGUUCUCCAAUCCCCAACUGCAUUUCAGUUGUCUUACACAAAUUUCUGUCUUCUUCUGCAUUAUCUCUGUGUCACUGUCAAAUAGUCGUCUUUCUUACAUUUUAGUUUUCACACUAAUACAUUACUUUUAUUUACACCUUCCUUUCUAUCUAUUUUUAUAUCAUUCUUUCUAUUCCUUUAUAUCUUUCUACCUAUUUUAUAUAUCAUCUUGGCAUUCUUUCUGUCUACUGUAUAAUUUUUCUUUCUUCUUUCCUUUCUAACAUUUUUCUUUCUUCUUUCAUUUCUAACUUUUUUCUUCUUUUCUAUCCUUUCUAAGGAGCUUGGUGUUUAUCUUUGACUUAUACACCACAGGAACCUCAUUAUUACAGCUGUGGAUCUCAAUCAUUUUUACUUCAUAGAUUUUUCGGGAGUGUUGUGUGUCUCAUCAUACAAGGGUAGGGAUGAUUUUUCCAUCACAUCUUUCCCCAGGUGUUUUUGUUUUUUAAGGCUAUUUCUUCCCUGUAUGUACUUCCCAUAUGGUGGAGCUAUAUAUUGCAGCUGUGGGAUCAUAUCCAACAACUCUGUUGAAGUUGGUCAUUCAUUGAAAGUUACUCUUCAGUCUCAGAUAUUGUUAAUAUACCUUUAUCUACGUGAUCCAAAUAUUCUUUUUUUAGUAAAAUAUAAAGUUUUGACUGUAUAUGUUACUUAAAUUGAGGGAGUUUGAAAGAAAUUACAGACCCCCUACUAUGUGUAUGUGUGUAUGUAUGGCAGAUAUUCCAGAUUAUGUUAACGUAGCAGUCUUCAGAAUUCUUUAAAUGUUAUAGUUAAUAGCAGAAGAUAUUUGUAGUGGAAAAAAAUACAUUUCCAGAGAAGCAAAUGUUUGUAGUGAAAAUUAAUUGUUAAAUGAACAAUGGGAGGAAUGAGUGGCAGAAAGAGUAGAAAUUUGUUAUGAGUAGGGUGACAAUGUGUUUGCAAUGAGGAUUGAAUCAAAUGUCUUCCACUGCCGUCAAAAGCUGACAUAUAUUGGUGAUCACAAAUAUUAUAGUUUUCGUAUAAAUGAAAGGAAAACAUAAAUUAGGCUUUUUAUUUCCUUUGUUUGUACAUCACAUGACUGGAUGACCAGCAUAUUAAUGUUAAUAGUUGUCAUUUAUAGAGUAAUAUAUUUCUUGACAUUUUAUGUAAAAAACUGACAAAGUGUAGAUUGAAUGGGUAUUUUUCCAUUUUUUACAAUUUUUCUUUCCAGUAAUAUCUAAAACUUGCAUUUAAUUCAGCACAGAAACCUCAUUAUAUUCUUAUUUUCAUAAUAAUUGGCAUUUCCUUGAUAUGGCUUCACCAUUGUUUGUUUUACCCUAUAACCAUUUAUAACCUAUACAGAAAAUGGGUCCAAUAUUUAACUACUUUUGCAUAUACAGCCCUUGAAUUCUCACUUUAACCCAUAUUUGGUUAAUGUAGACUUGAAGCUAAUAAUUUAAAAUGGCUUUCUAGGAACAGAUGCAUUGUUGUGCUGAUGACAUCACGAAGCCUCCUUCAUCCAUAAUUUGUCUGAAAGGAAAGCUUCUGUAAUCUGUUAAACUCACAAUAAUUUAUUUAUUAAAUGCUUGUUAAAAAAUGAAAAGACUGAUAAAGUACACUCUUGUCAAGUUUUCUUUUACAUAUUGAAAUACAGAUUAAAAAUCACUAAAAGUUAUUGAACCAAGUGCUGAUGAAUGGCAUAUAAGAGUUUAGUAAGAAUAUGUUUUGAAUUCUGAAACUGAUAAUGAAAAUAGAAUAUAUUCAGCAUUGACGUGCUCUCAUUGACAAUAUCUUUACAAAUAGGUUAAUACUAAACCAUGGUGCAAAUGGGUGCAAAGGUAUUAUUGUAAUAAUUCAAAGUAAAGAAGAUACGUAGCUAAGAAAAAUUUAAAACAAGAACCAAUAUUUAAUUCAUGUUACUUGUUCAAACACUAUACCCUACCUGAAGUUCAUAAUCCUGCCUUUACCAGAAACACUACAAAAAUGAUACAACUAGAACUCAGGUCUUAGUUUUUUAUAUUAUUUAAUGUACAUAAAAUGCACUGAAUCGCACACAAAAUGUAUUCAGUUUCUUACUUUGUACAUAAAUUAUUGUGGUGCAUUUACACUUCAUAUACCACACAUAUUUCAAGAUAUCUGAAAUUCAGUACACUGAGAGACAAACUUGUCAUAAGGUUAUAUUAGACUAUGUGACUGUCAAGUUAGUACUGCUUUUGUUUCUUGCAGUUUAAGUGACAAUGGAGCUUUUGUAAUUUCAUACCAGAAUGCUUUCAAGUACAUUGUGUACUGGAAAAUAUAUACCUGUAUACAUGUAAAAUAAUUAUACACCAUGAAUAGAAGAAAUACAUUUGGUGUUACUUUUUUUUAUGAAUAUGUGCUAUAGUGCUCCCAAAUAUAUGAACUUUAAUUAAAUGCUAUAAUAAAUAACGCUAGCAUUAUAAAUUAGAUGAAUGGAAGAGUAAAGUUAUGCGCACUGUGUAAAGUUUAAAAUAAACGAAUUUAAAGUGUCUUUUUCUGCAUGAAAUUUUCAUCAACGAUAUGAGAGAAAUUAUGUCAUAAGUCUAUAUAUGUAUCUGUAUAUAGAACUUUCAUCUUUAUUACUGCUCUUAUGUUAUAUAUUCUAUUUGAAUCAAGAAAGCAUUCCAAGAUCAGAACUGCUAUAUCUUUCCAUGUGUGUAUGUGUUGCAAGCAAAGGGUUUUUGACAAUAAUAUGUAGGAAAUCUUUUUAUAUUAACAAAACUGAUUAAAACCAUUCAUGGUCUGAAUGGUCAUUACAGGGAUGUAAUAGCCAGGAAACAGUGGCUUCCCUCUUCAUGUUUACAACACUGAUUAAUGAAGGGAGCUGCUUAUUGCUCUUCAAGCCUAAGAAUAUAUUCAGAGUAUGAAAUAUUUAAUAGAAUCACAGGGAGUGUGAUUUCCAUAUAUUAUAUAUUAUAAAUAUUAAUGAAAAGAAAUUAUAUAUUAUGAAAAAGGAAAUGCAGUUAUAUAUAUAUACAUAUAUAUAAAAGGAUAACUUCAUGAUGAGUAUCCUUUCCCCUCCUGCCUCCAAAAAUUAUAUAACAGUUCACUUCAAAUAUAUAUUUUUUGCAUACCUUUAAUAGUUAUGUAUGCUCUCUGUAUUGAGUCCUCAUACAUUAUUUUACAAAUGUUGACUUUAUUAAGUAAUUUAACUUUUUGUUUUUUUAUUUGCGUGUUAAAAUGUUCUGUUCCAUUUGUUGUUUAACUGGGAUAUUUUUAUGAGAUUAGAAUUAUAAAGGGACAAACUACAAUGAGUUUUCUAAGGACUUUUCCUCUUCCCUUACUUCUAUGUUUUAACUCAUUCCUGAUAAUUUAGUAGAUUUUAAUUAACGAAUUUAUUUUUUUAAUGUGUGUAUAGUAGUAUUUGUCUUUCUCAUAAAACUAAUUUAACAUUUCUGUCUAUAAAUAUAGAUAUUUGAUGCAUUUCUUCUGGGAUCUGAAUGGUUGUAAAAAUAGAGUUUGUAGAGAACAUGAAUAAGAAAACUGAUAAUUGUUCAUCUAUGUGCAAAUUAUUUCUCAUCGUCAGGUACUACCUUAAAGAUCCGUAACAUUUGAGAUUUGUUGUUUGGGUAAUACAGUGAAUAUCAGUGUAAAACUCAGUUGUGCUGCACGGCUAUGAUUAAAUGUGAAGCAUAUGCAGGUCAAAAGUCUAGAUCAUGUGACAGAUUAAAAUUUUUAGAUGACAGACAAAUAAAAGUAUACUUACUAAAAUGUUUGAGAAGUAAGCAAAAGCUGGAAGGAAUGUUUUUGAAUGUGAUUGGGGUGGUGAAGAUGAUGAGAAAUAAUGAAUAAGAAUUUAGUUUUUUACAUUUAAAAGUGCUAUAAGGUUUUUAUAAAGUAUGUAAUCGCGUUUUUUAAGGUUUUGAGAACAACGAAUAUGUAAACACGAAGCAGUUGUUGUUUACUUUCCAAGCUGUGCUGAGUACUGGUAACACUGCCCGUGAAUAUUACUGUUGUGUGUUUCUAUUUCAUUUGUUGUGUAUUUAAGGUUUGCUUUUAAGUUUCCUGUAUUGAAUUGGCCAUAGAAAACUUUGCUGGUUUCUACAAAAAGCUAGUAUGACCAAAGAAUAUGUAAUAUAAACUCAGAGUUCUUUGUUAAUAAUUAUUCUUUUGUGCAAUAUGCGAAUUUCUUAUUGCUGAAUUUUAUUUAUGCUUACAGUGAAUAAGUUUUGUCAACAUACACGCAAUAAUAAGAGAAAAGUGCAGUAGUUAUUUAGUUCUUAUGCAUAAUGGUUUUGUGCCUCAGUUUUGAUUCGCCAGACUGACGGCAGAAAUAUCUGUCAGAUACAAGACAUUUACAUGACAGAGAGGGGAUCUCUUUAUAUUAUUGUAUUAUAAAAUAAAUUUGGGAUAAACCCUUGCAGACUGUGUGUGUCUACUGAAGGAGUGCCAUAAUAACAUUGGAGAAAGUGAUGCACACUGAAGAAAACAUGAAUGUUUGAGCCUGUGUACGUUUAAUUCAUUAUAUAUAAAAUAAAACAAAUUUGUGAUGAAAUCUGA